GUUGUUUUUUUUAUUUUUGGUGUGUGGCUCAUUUAUGAGGUCUGAUUGUCCCUGAAAGGGGUCUGCUUUUGGGUUUGUCUUUGGGAUUUGAGUUCAUGAUGAUGUGGUUACAAGGGCAGGCAGUGCUGCCUUUGUUUCUAUUAGUAUGGCUCUCUGGAAUGAAUUGUAUGAUUAGAGUAGAAGGGUUUACAGGGGUCUGGAAGGAGGAUUCUAAUCCAACAGUACAAAACAUAAGCUCUGAAAAUUUAUUGGCUUUAGUGAAUAAAGAUUCAUUCAUUUCUCCUGUGUUGUCUUCUGAUGAAGUAGUUGCAAGUUAUGGGUUUGAAGGUGGUGAUAAAGAUGGUUCAGGUGACCCAUUAUAUCAGGAUUUUGAAGUACCAGAUGUGAAGGAGGUAAACGUUCCGAUGAAACAGAAUGAAUUGACUAUUGGUGUAGUAAGUCAUGAUAUGAAGGUAGCUAAAGCUGUGAAAGCCAUUUAUUACAAUCAAAAAGCUAUAGCUGGCGGUGAAUUGAGUGAUCCUGUUGUGAAUGCUGAUGCUCCCCAUGGAGCUGAUUUAGAGGAAUUUGAACUACUGCGGGAUAGAGAGGCACAUGACAGUGAGCAUAGUGGUGCUUGGAGUCCUGAGCUGGAAUCUUACCGAAUGACGUUUGGUGCUCCUAAGCAGGUUUGUCAUGAAGUGGCUGUGUUCCCAUAUGAAACCAGUUGUGGUCAGAUGUCCAUGUCUGCUCAGUUUUUUGGCUCUCCUGAAGAUCUGAAAGUGAGGUUGAAUUCUUCCCUUGUGCAAGUAACCAGAAUUGCUCACCAAUGCAAGUACAAAAUGGAGGAGAGAACUGGAUCCUUCAUUUUUACAGCAUACAAUGAUGGCUGUAAUGUGCAGAAAAUAAGAGGCUGCUUUGUCCUGACUCUUCUUUGGCAAAAUGAGAAGGUGUCCCUUGCCUGUCCAGCAGAUGUUUCUGUUGGCCUUCCACCAGCUGUGCUCUGCAAUGACACCAGCAUGACUGUUGGGCUCCCUUCAGGGUCUCCUUAUGACCUAAAAGUGAAAGAUAACCUCCAUUGGGUCCAUGCACGUCCCCUUGCUAGGAGAUGCAAAUAUGUAUUUUUGAAAGAUGCUUUUGGAAGGAUUUUCUUUACGGUUUCAUACAAAGGCUGCUAUGUUAAGAGAGAGGGGAGCUACUAUAUCCUGACCGUGAAAUACACCAGUCCUAACCACAAGGAGAAUGUAUUGGACAUGAGGUGCCCAAUACACUAUGGGGAACAUGUGACUACUCCCCAUUCCACUGUGCCUCCAGUUUCUCAUCCAAAGGUAUCUUGCCACACUUCCACUAUGGAUGUGCUGCUGCCUGGUGCUGUGCCAGACCAGGUCAAAGUGAAGGACAAAAACCACCAGGAGGUGGCUGUGCAACCAUUGGCUGUGAGAUGUCACUAUCAGUUGCUGAGGAGAGGCCAUGAUCUGGUGUUUACUGCAAGCUAUACAUCGUGUCAUGUCCAUAUGGAGAGUAACCAUUAUAUACUAGAAGUAGUAUAUAAGCCAAGAAAUGGGCAGCCAGUAGUAGUUGCCAUGAGAUGUCCCAGCUCUCACUGGACUACCACAACAGCACCUGUAACCACAUCACCCAGCAAGCCUAGUCCUCUUUGCAAAGCCUCUAGCAUGAGUGUUCUGCUACCUCUAGGCUCCCUAGAUCAGGUUAAAGUUCUAGAUGCCUUCCAUCAUGAAGUAUUGGUACACACGGCUCCCAAAAGCUGUGGCUACCACUUAAUGAAGAAACCGCAUGGGAUCCUCUUUGAAACUCCCUAUAAGGCUUGCCAUAUCCGAAUUGUGAAUCAUUACUAUACAUUGACUGUUGUCUACAAGCCCCAUGCUGGUCCCCAAAUUAUGGUGAACAUGAAAUGUCCUGUGAGCUGGCACCCACCAUUGCCACUGUCUACACCUAUAAAGCCCUCUACACUUAAGCCACCUCACAUAGCUUGUGGAGCAUUCAGCAUGUCUCUGGAGCUUCCUGGUGGCUUGCUGGGUCAGGUUCAAGUACUGGAUAAAUCUCACCACUCAGUAGUGGUCCUAGAUGCUCCCAAAGAAUGCCAGUACCAUUUGGUGAAGAGGGGCAAGACUAUGGUCUUCACUGCAAGUUAUAAGAGUUGUCAUGUGCAUACAGAGCAUUCCAAUCAUGUUCUUGUUGUCCUCUAUACACUGGAGAAUGGUGUACAAGAGAGGGUAACCAUGAAAUGCCCUGUACAUGCUGUGCCCACAUCCAUCCCUGCCACAAGCAGACCACCAGUGCUGUACAUCACCACCUGUGAAGCCUCUGGGAUGAUUUUGACACUACCUGGUGGAUCCCUUGAUCAAGUCAAUAUAAUAGAUAAAUCUAAUAGGAUGGUGGCAGUUGAGGAGCUUCCUAGAGACUGUGGAUAUUCUUUGCUGAAAGCGGGUGGGCAUCUACUUCUUACUGUUGGAUAUAAAGCCUGUGAUGUCAGAAUACAGGAUCACCAUCACAUUUUGACUGUCAUCUACUUGAGUGCCACAGGAGAUCGAAUAGUGCAUAUGAAAUGCCCUGUACAGCAGGCUUCUACAGUCCUCCCUACAAUGCCUACUGUCCAUCCUCAUCCUGUUUGUACUGGUUCAGGCAUGACUGUAGUUUUGCCUUCUGGAUCAUUGGAUCAGGUCAAAAUUAUAGAUGAACUGGGUCAAAAAAUUGUCGUAUCCAAAGCUCCCAAACAUUGUGGGUACAAGUUGGUCAAGGGAGAGGGAACCAUAACUUUCUCUGCCCCCUACAGAGCCUGUGACAUCAAGGUUCAGAAUCGCCAUUAUAUCCUACAUCUGAGCUAUAAACCAGCUAUUGGUAAUGCAAGGACUGUGACCCUGAGCUGCCCAGUUGGAGAUCCAAUUAUAACCACAACUCCUGCAACCAGCACAAGGAAGCCACCUCACACAGAGUGCAUGACUUCAAGUAUGGCUGUGGUCUUGCCAUCUGGAUCUCCUAAUGAUGUCUAUGUUGUAGAUGGAAGUGGGCAUAAUGUGCAUGUCAUCUCGGCUCCCAAAACCUGUGGUUAUGCCUUGGAAAAGAAGAGGGAGCUGUUGGUCUUUACUGCCCUUUAUAAAGCCUGUCAUGUUUCAGUUCAGCAUGGCCAUUAUGUGCUUGAGGUGUUGUACAAGUCUGGAAGAGAGACUCAUUCUAUGACCAUGAAAUGCCCAGUCCCAAGGAAACCACCUCCUACUCUUGCCACUUCCACCCAUUCCCCAUCUCUAGUGUCCUGCAAACCCUCAAGCAUGAGUGUAGUGCUACCUGUGGAGUUCUCUGAACAAGUCACCAUCCUUGGCCUACAUGGUGAUGAGAAGGUGCUGAGUUAUGCCCCCAAAGAAUGUGGCUAUAAAGUAGUAAAAUCCAUGGGGAUGAUCUCCUUGACUGUUCUGUUUACAUCCUGUGGAGUUCACAAAGUGGAGAACUUCUUUGUGCUGAAUCUUCACUAUUAUCCAAUUGUUGGCCACCCAGUAGCUGUGCAGAUGAAAUGCCCUGCUAUCCAUGUGCACCCAACACCACCUAGACCUUCACCUACAGUGUCUGCUGAUCCCAGGGUUGUGUGUCAACCUACCAGUAUGACUGUAGAGCUGCCAAAGGGGAAACUGGAGGACAUCAAGUUGGUGGAUAAAAUGGGAAGGAUGGUGGCUGUUCAGCAGGCUCCCAAGAAAUGUGGUUACCACCUGUCCGAAGCCAAAAAGAUCAUCUUGUUGAUCCCCUAUAAAGCCUGUGAUGUGAAGAUUAUGGACCACCACUAUACCCUGGCAGUGGCUUACACCCCAACCAGUGGAGGACAAAGGAAGAUUAUUGUCAAAUGUCCAGUUAUUGGAAAGCCACCAUUCCCUCUUGAAGCUGGGGUGUCCUGUGAUGAAGACUGCAUGAGUAUUGACCUUCCUACUGGGCCUUUGGAUCAAGUGAAAGUAGUGGAUGAAUAUCACAAUGCUGUAACAGUCGAGCAGUCUGUCCAUUGUGGAUACAAUCUGUCUUCUGGUGUGGGGAAGCUCCAUUUCUCAGCCUUUUACAAGGCUUGUCAUGUGAAGAUCCAAAAUGGCCACCAUGUUCUGACAGUCCUCUAUACCACUUCUGUGGGAACACAUGGAGAGGUGCAGCUGAAGUGUCCUGUUCAUGACCUUGUCUUCCAUCAGGGCUGCAACUUGCCCAGGACAAAGCAAGUCCAGUGUGGUCCAUCUGGCAUUUCCCCAAAGGUUUGUCAUUCCAAAGGUUGCUGUGUGGAUCCCAAAACCUCCCACUGUUUCUAUCCUAUGGACACAUGCACCAGUGAUGGGCACUUUGUGUUUGCUGUCUAUCGAACCUCCUCCAAACCAGAUGUGGACCCUGGCAGCCUGUAUGUUUCCGAUCGCUCAUGUGCACCUGUCAUCUGCACCCCAGACUUUGCGGUCUUCAAGAUUCCUCUGACUGGGUGUGGUACUCAUAGAUUUGUGAUUGGGGAGACUUCCAUCUACUUGGCAGAUGUGUUUGGGAAAAGGUACAAGAAUUAUCAAAUGUAUGGCCAAAUACUGAGACAAGCUCCUUACCACUCCCAAAUUGAAUGCCGCUAUUCAAAAGGAACACAUGCCAGCACUGGCUACAUGGUGGUAAAUAGCCCAGCUUUACCAGAUGUUGUUUCUUCUGGAGCAUUGGGAGUUGUUCUGAGAAUUGCUAAAGAUGACAGCUACACCACCUUCUUUCCGGACACCCAAGUUCCCCUCAGAUAUUUGUUGGGUAGCAAGAUCUACUUGGAAGUGAAAAUAGUAAACCCACCUACUCCAGAUGUGGUGCUGUUGGUGCACUACUGCAUUGCAUAUCCCAGGUCUUCAGAGAAUGUCUGGGUUCUGAUGUACAAUGGCUGUCCAAAUGCCUUGGAUUAUGGCACUGGCCUUCAUCUGAAGGAUCACAACUGGCAGCCUGUGCCAAAGCAUACCAGACAUUUUGAUGUAACAACGUUCCAGUUUAUGGAUGCCAAAGAGAAUCUUCUAGAUGAGGAGAUUUACUUCAUGUGCUCAACAGAGAUUUGUUCACACAAAGAAUCAUGUGUUGAAGGCUGCUUUGAUGGAAGACAAAUGGCAGUUCCUCAGUCAGAAUGGGGAAGGCUUUGUGCUGGUAAACCCUGUCCUAGGCAGCUUCGUGUGGAAAGAGCCAUAGCAGACCAUGGAAGCCUCCUCUGGAGAGAGACUCCCUCUAGCCAAGAGAAAUGAAGCAAAGUUCCUGAAGUAAGCUGUUAUGAAAUGGAUUGUCAAAGUACCUGAAAUAUUAAUAAAAUGUAUACCUGAAACUGCUGUGGAGGGUGAAUGUUC